AUGGAUCUGCUGGCAGACGUAGUGUCUACGGCAAAGGCCAUAACUCCAAACCUUACAAUAAGCUCGGCCGCUAAAAUACUUCAACUUCUAGCCGCUACCACGACUUAUGUCGGCGAAAGUUGGCCGGAGAGCAGCAAAGUUAACCAUGGCGACCAUUUCAACUUCAUCAUAUUAGUGGGCGGAGGCACAGCAGGAUGUGUGUUAGCGAACAGACUUACGGAGGUCAGGGAUUGGCGGGUGCUGGUCAUAGAGUCGGGCGGAGACCCUCCUUUAUUUAGCGAGAUUCCAGGCUUGUUCUUUCUAGGAACGCACUCUCCGCACGACUGGGACUAUUAUUCUGAGGACGAUGGAGUGACGUCUCAGAGUCAAAUCUCUCACCGAGUCGCUCAUACUCGAGGCAAGAUGCUGGGUGGCAGCUCUUGUCUUGAUCAUCUUAAUUAUGAAAGAGGCUCUAAAAGUGAUUUCGACAGCUGGCCUGAAGAUUGGCACUGGGAUGAUGUCCUGAAAUAUUUCAAGAAAGCAGAAAAUAUGCUUGACAAGAAAAUUACGCAAGGACCAACUUCUCAAUACCAUUGCGAUAAGGGACCUCUAAGUGUCAGAAGGCAUAGUGUUAACGAAGAAUUUCAAAAAAUAGAAGAUGAUUUAUUACAAGCAUACGAAGAAUUGGGUAUCAAAACGAUGUAUGAUCCGAAUGUCCCUAAUCCAAAUGGAAAUUCGAAGUUAUACUUUAAAACAACUGAAAAAACUUCACGACGCGCUAGUGCUGCUUUAGAAUAUUUGCUCCCAAUUAAGAACAGACCCAAUUUCUACCUUUUAAAACAUGCUUCAGUGACAAAAAUCCUUAUCAAUGAAAAUAAACAAGCCACUGGUGUAAAAGUAAGAGUUAAUGACGUCGAAUUUGACGUCUUUGCCGAUCAUGAAGUUGUUGUCACAGCUGGUGUUUUCAACACACCGAAGUUACUUAUGCUAUCUGGCAUUGGACCUGCUGAGCAUUUAAACGAUUUCGACAUACAAGUGGUAGCGGAUUUACCAGUAGGACUAAAUUUAUUUGAUCAUGCAGUCGUCCCUGUAGUCACAAGUCAUAAAUUAGCACUUGCGGCUAAUGUUGAGGAGAAUAUUCUAGCGUUGACUGACCUUGGUACAUUUCCUCCCCCUAUUGUCAGUGGACGGGUCAGCAUAAACGAAACCUUGAAAGAUUUACUCCAUCUCUCCAUUUAUUACGAUGGAUCUUCUCCCAUAUUUUUGUACACGGUCGGCGUAAAUUACAAUUACAAUCUAGUCUUGUCAACUUCUUGGAUCUUAAAUAAUCCUAUUAGAGACAUGCUUUUAUCAAUCAUCAUUUUAGGAAAACCGAAAUCGAGAGGACGAGUAGAAUUGAGAAGCCCUGAUCCACAAGAUCCUCCGAAAAUUUUCACAGGUUUCCUUAGUCAUCCUGAGGACUUGACAAGGUUCACCGAGGCUGUGAAGUACUUCUACACUAUAAAGGAUACUAGCUAUUUCAAAAACGCUGGAGGUUCAUUUUCUAGACCGUCUUUGCCUGAAUGUGAUCAUCUUGAGUUUGGUGGUGACGAUUACUGGAUAUGUUAUGUAAGAACUCUGGUUACAAUUACAUUUCAUCCAGGAGGUACGUGUGCCAUGGGAUCUGUUACUGAUAAAAAUCUUAAGGUGAAAGGGAUAAAACGAUUGCGGAUAAGCGAUGAUAGUGUUAUGUUUGACCUGCCGAAUGCUAAACUAGGCACAGUGACAGUGAUGGUCGCAGAAAGAGUAGCAGAUUUGAUUAAAGAGGAGUAUGGAAAAUAUGAGGCGGACUUUCCAUGCGAAUGAGGUUCAAAGCAAACUAUUAAACUGAUUGAAAUUGAA